CGCACACAUAAAGAAGCCUAGCAUUUCUCGCAUUACGAAAAGCCGCUACAACCAACCAACAAGUUGUCGUCGUGCGUGUUUAUGUGUAAUUAUCACAUCGAUAUUCGUCGUGUUUAAUAAUUUUAAUACGAUCGAGACAACGACGACGGCGUCGUCGACUGCCGGCAAGAAUAUCCCCCGUUAAAUCGGAAAUCGAAAACGCGAAGAGUUUUUAACAAAUAUUUCGCGCAACAUUCGCAGGAGCACCAGAACGUUGCGGUUGCGCAAAGUUAAAACAACGUUAACGGGCGCACGUCUAAGCGAAACGAAAGCGUGUUUAAACGAAUUUCAAUUUGUGAAAGAUAAGGAAUAAAAGUUCUUAAAGGAACAGAACCAGCGAAAAACAAUAGUUCAUAGUGUUUGUGAUUUGUACGUGUGUGAGAAAAGAAAACAAAUAAACAACAUAUUGGAAAUUGUAACAAAACUCAAAAAAAAAAAAAAUCGAUAAGAAUUUUGAAAAUAAAAGAUCACUGUCAUCCUGUGUACAGUUCAAGUAACAACAACAUGAUGUCCUAUUCCAUGCUAGUCGCUUUGGCCAUUUUAGGUUUAAAUCUUUUCUUGGCCACCCUUGUUGCCGGUCAUGGCCGUCUGAUGGAUCCACCCGCCCGUAAUGCCAUGUGGCGUUUUGGUUAUCCAAAUCCCGUGAAUUACAACGACAACGAGUUGUUCUGUGGCGGCUAUGCCGUGCAAUGGGAACAAAAUCAAGGUCGUUGCGGUGUCUGUGGUGAUGCGUAUCAUUUGAAGACACCACGUCCCCAUGAGGCCGGCGGUGAAUAUGCCAAGGGUAUUAUUUCGAGAUAUUAUACAGCUGGUCAGGAAAUUGAAGUCGAAGUUGAGCUGACUGCAAAUCAUUAUGGCCGCUUUGAAAUGUAUUUGUGCCCGAAUAAUAAUCCACGCAAAGAAGCCACUCAGGAAUGUUUUGAUCGUUAUCCUUUGUAUAUCUCUAAUAGUCGGGAACAUCGGUUCCUCAUACCUCGCGAUGCCAAAAAGAAGGACAUAUUCCGUUAUCGUGUCCGUCUGCCACCCUAUGUCACCUGUACACAAUGUGUUUUGCAAUGGACCUAUUACACGGCAAAUAUGUGGGGUACUUGUGCCAAUGGUACUGAGGCGGUGGGAUGUGGUAAAGCUGAAACCUUCCGUAAUUGCGCUGACAUUGCCAUUGUUUCCAACACGGGCGGUGGUUUGCCACCUCUCUUCGUUAACAAAAAGAAUCCUUAUCUUUUGUACUACAGAGAUUAUAGAGCGCCUGAGGAAAAUAAUGUUUUCCCUUUGAUUGUCAGAGACCAAAAAUGUAUUGCCUCUCCAGCAUUCCGUGCUCUGCCUGGUAUGGAUAAUUGGUGCGAAACCAAUUGUUUACGUUAUCCACCCAAUUGCCCGGAAACUGCCUGUCACUGUCCCCAAGAAUGUGUUGCCAUUGGUGAACUGGAAGGCAAGGAAGGCACCGAUACCUGGUGUAUGGAUCAAUGUCUUAAUUAUGAUUCUCAUUGUCCUACUGAUAAAUGCCGCUGCUUCUAGAGACUUGAUAUGGUCGAAUCUGUGCACCAUAGGAAAUCUGGUAUUUUCUUCGCCGAUUCGAUACAAUGCGCUGCCCAAAAUUAACUUUACACUUAUGUAUAUGAAAAAUAAUUUUGUAGAACUAUUUUCUUAUUCAACAGCUGUGCUUCGAACUCUGUGCCCAUUUAACGAAAAAAAAAACUAAAUAAAUUUAUCAAAAAUAUA